CGGAGGUGCUUGCCGGGGGGCGGGCCGCCGGGCCACCCCCGGCGCUUGAGGCCGGUGGUCCCUCCCAGGCCGGGUGUGCUGCGAGGCCAAGCCACCCGUUCCCCUGCCCCCACUCUCACCUAGUCACCUCCCCGCCCUCUCGGCGGGCCCCUGAGGCGUGCGGCGCAGGCGCGGAGCGAGGCGGCAUUUUUUUUUUUACCAUCUGUGAAAACUUCCUGUAAUUCAUUUUUCCUCACUGCAGUAUUAAGAAUUAUACCAAAUUAAAAAGAUAUGAAUGAAUAUCCUAAAAAAAGAAAAAGGAAGACUUUACACCCUUCUCGUUAUUCAGAUUCCUCUGGAAUAAGCAGAAUUGCAGAUGGAUUCAAUGGCAUUUUUUCUGAUCAUUGUUAUAGUGUUUGUUCUAUGAGACAACCAGACUUAAAAUAUUUUGACAACAAAGAUGAUGAUUCUGAUACAGAGACAUCAAAUGACUUGCCAAAAUUUACAGAUGGAAUCAAGGCCAGAAACAGAAAUCAAAACUACCUGGUUCCCAGUCCUGUACUUAGAAUUCUAGAUCACACUGCCUUUUCUACAGAAAAAUCUGCUGAUAUUGAAAUUUGUGAUGAAGAGUGCGACUCCCCUGAAUCAGUCAACCAGCAAACUCAAGAGGAGAGCCCUAUAGAAGUUCACACUGCUGAAGAUGUUCCAAUUGCUGCAGAAGUGCAUGCAAUUUCUGAAGAUUAUGAUAUAGAGACAGAAAACAAUUCCUCUGAGAGUCUCCAAGACCAAACUGAUGAAGAGCCACCAGCUAAACUUUGCAAAAUUCUUGACAAGAGCCAAGCUUUUAAUGUGACUGCCCAGCAGAAAUGGCCUUUACUGAGAGCUAAUAGCAGUGGUCUCUAUAAAUGUGAACUUUGUGAGUUCAACAGCAAAUAUUUUUCUGAUUUAAAACAGCAUAUGAUCUUGAAGCAUAAGCGUACUGAUUCAAAUGUCUGUCGAGUAUGCAAAGAAAGUUUCUCUACCAACAUGCUCCUGAUCGAACAUGCCAAACUGCAUGAAGAGGACCCCUACAUUUGUAAAUACUGUGAUUAUAAGACAGUAAUUUUUGAGAACCUCAGCCAGCACAUUGCAGACACCCAUUUUAGUGAUCACCUUUAUUGGUGUGAGCAGUGUGAUGUACAGUUCUCCUCAAGCAGUGAACUCUACCUACAUUUCCAGGAACACAGCUGUGAUGAACAGUACUUGUGUCAGUUCUGUGAACAUGAAACGAAUGAUCCAGAAGACUUGCAUAGCCAUGUGCAUGUGGGAUCUUCCCGGACCAAGACUCGAACCCGUGUCUCCUGCAUUGGCAGGUGGAUUCUUAAUCACUGCGCCACCAGGCAAGUCCUCUGCUCUUCUUUUGAGAACUGUUUUAGUUAUUGGUAGACUUUUUCUUCUUGCAUGUAAAUUUAGAAUUAGUUCCAAUUCCAUUUAAGUCUUGUUGGAAUUGCAUUAUAGUUAUGAUCAUUUUUGAGGGAAUCAACAUCUUUACAAUGUUAAAUCUUUUCUUUUGUAAACAUUGUAUAUUUCUCCAGUUACUUAGGUCUCUUUUAAUGUUUUUUUAAAUUUUUUCCAUAAAGGUUGUGUGCAGCUUUUGUUAAGUCAACUCCUAGAUUCUUUACAGUUUUGGUUGCUUUGACAUGCUAUCUUAUUUUCUAAUUGGCUACUGCAUGUAUAGGAAAACGUCUGAGUUUUGAAACAUGGAUUUUUGUAUACAGAAAUAAUGUUUUGGUUUUAAUCUUUUUAGUUCUAAUAGCUGUCUUUGCUUAAUUUUUAAUGUAAAUAACCAUAUAAUCUGCCAUAAAUUAUAUAUUUGUCUCUUUACUUCCAGUCUGCGAGUCCAAAUGGCUCUUUUUUCUUAUCGAAUUUGUCAGCACUUCCACUACUACAAGGAGUAGAAAUAGCAUUAGCAGGCAUUUUUUUUUGUUCCUAGCCUUAGACGUAAGACUCCUGAAGUUUCCCCAUUAAGUAUAUUUUCUGUAGGUUUUGAUAAGUAGCCUUUAGCAGUUUUCUUAGUUUUUAAAGACUUUUUAUUGUAAGUAUUAAACUUUAGCAAUGACUUUUUCUAUAGCUAUUGAGAUAAACAGGUGGGUUUUCUCCUUUAAGUCCGUGAAUAUGAAUUUCAUUGGUUGAUUUUCUAAUGUUGAAUUAUCUUUGUAUUUUUAAGAAAACUCUACCUGUACAAAAUUUUUUUUCUAAUACAAUGUCGGAUUCAGUUAGGUAAUAUUUCACAUAGGAUGUUUGCCUUAUUCAUACGUGUGAUUUUCUUUACUUACACCUCCUAUCCAGUGUGGUAUCAAGGUUAUUCUAGUCUUAUAAAUGAGCUGGAGUGUUUUUUCUCUUUUUCUAUGCUCUGCAAAAACCUGUAUGAGAUAAUAUUAAUCUUUUCUUUAAAGAUUUGGUAAAAUGUUACCUCUAAAAUCAUCUAGGCUUUCUUUUUUUGUAUAUAUGGGAAAUUGCCAUUUCAAUUUUUUGAAUGCUUAUUAGCUUAUUCAAGUUUUCUAUUUAUUCUCAGGCUAAUUUUGGUAUUUGAUGGUUUCCCAGAAAUUUUACACUUCAUCUGAGUUUUCAAGUUUAUUGGCAUUUAUAAUAUUUUGUAUCUAGAGUUAUUUCCCCUUUGGUUUGUGUCUUCCCUC